AGUUUAGGUUAGUUUAGUUUAGUGUUCAUGUAUGUGAAGGAUGGGAUGUUUCCCGAGCGUUGAAGACAAGUCCGCCAAAGAGAGAAGCGAGCUUAUCGACAAGAAGAUCCUACAAGAUGCAAAGGCUUGUGAGAAUGUUAUCAAGCUCUUGUUACUUGGGGCUGGAGAGUCAGGUAAAAGCACAUUGGUCAAGCAGAUGAAGAUCAUCCAUAGCAACGGUUUCUCGCAGAAAGAACUUCAAAGUUAUAAGUUGACGGUUUGUGAUAAUCUCAUCUCCUCUAUGCGUGUGGUUAUAAACGGCAUGGGAAAGUUGCGGAUACUGCUUGAGAAGCCUAAUAACAAGCACCACGUGGAGAGGAUAUUGAACUGGUCGGAGCCGUUUGUAACCGGUACGACAGACCUCAACCCGGACAUGAUCACUGCUCUACGGGAACUCUGGAGGGACGGCGGUAUCAGACGCAGCUUUGAUAAAAGUUUUGAGUAUCAGCUCAACGAUUCGGCUGCGUAUUUCUUCGAGAACAUGAACCGUAUCAUGAGUAAAGACUACGUUCCAACCUUUAACGACGUGUUGAGGUCACGUGUCCGGACAACGGGAAUUAUAGAAACUCAGAUUCAAGUGGACGACGUUUCAUACAGGAUAUACGAUGUUGGGGGACAAAGAUCAGAACGAAGAAAGUGGAUUCAGUGUUUUGACGACGUGAAGGCAGUUUUGUUUGUUGCUGCGCUCAGUGGGUAUGACAUGACUCUGUUUGAGGACGUUAGCACGAACCGAUUGGAGGAGUCGCUGACACUUUUCAAAGCUAUCUGUAACAACAAAUUCUUCAUCAGCACCUCCAUGAUUCUGUUCCUCAACAAGGUGGACCUGUUCAGAGAGAAAAUAAUGUACACAAAACGACAUCUCCGUAUCUACAUGAGGAAUUAUACUGGACCUGACCACAAUGUUGAAGCUGCUGGAGCGUACAUUCAGGGGGAAUUUACUGCACGGAACCACAACAGAAAGAAGAUGGUCUACCCACAUUUCACUACGGCAACUGAUACAUCCAUGGUUCAAGUGGUCCUCAAUGUUGUCUUAGAUACAAUCAUAAUGGAGAAUUUGGAGCGGACUUCUCUCUUGUGACUUCUUAUACAUUUAUUUAAAUGAUUCAAGUAGUGACGUUGAAGUCCGCCAUCACUUUCUGGUAAACGUAAAACGAACUUGGAUGUCAAGAGAAGAUAUCGGCAACCUAAUUAGUAAUUAAACUUACUCUAUGCAAAUCAGCCGUCAUGACAUGUGUUACUUAUCUAACGCCAUGUUCCACUUGUCAUUUUAGGUAAUGCAGUGCUUUUGUGCUUCGCCGAUAUUUGAAAUUUUUACCGGUUUCGGACAAAAUGUCCAUUUACGUGACCAUAUUGUUAGUUUGAUAUAUGUUAAAGAAGUUUUACUCUUCUCAGUCGGCCAUGUUAUCAAAUUCAGGAACUGCUGCAGUAUGUAUCUCUUCUACAUUUGAACUUAUUCAUGGACACACGUAAUUUUUGAAACUGAAACGAAAUUCGAAUGAGUCAGGACAUUCAUUCCGAAUAAAGAACUUCUAUUCUCCUUGUUUCGGUAAUGGUAAGAUAUAGAAUAUCAGGUUUAGAUGCAUAAGUAAAGUAAUAGUUAAAAGUUUGUUGAACUUUUACUAACAAUUUAACUAAAAACUAACCUCAUUUUGUAUAAUUCUUUUCAAUAUUGAAUCGAAUCAACCGAGUUAGCCGUUACAACGGCUUUCCCUUGUCCUGAAAGUUGAAACUGUGUUUCUCAUGAUAAUUUGUAUAAUCUAAUAGCCUUGACAUGUUUUGUAAAGGUUUAAAAACGUUCACUUCUAUUGAGUUUCAAUAAUCGUGAUAUUUCAGAAAUUAAGGCUAGCUGUGCAAAAAAUUGGACUGCGUGGAAACCCAUAAUCUAUAGAUGUGUUUUUGCUGCAAUAUUUUGGUUGACAAUUCGCUACCAUUUGAAAAUGUAUUCCUAAUUUUAUGUUUUAAUAUGCUCUUUAACAUCCACCGACUGGGAUGCUUGGCGGGUUUGUUUUUCAUCUUUAAAAGAGAUCCGUCCUGAUUAUAUUGAGCUAUCAUUUUGCAAUUUGCUAAUUGUAUCGAACGUGUGUACGUAUGUGCCAUUUUGUCAAAAACCCACAACAAGGGGAAAUUAUUGACAAUUUUAAAUUAUUCUUUAAUUGAUUUAAGUACACCCUAAUGUAAAUAGUCGAUGGCAGCUUUUCAAUAUUUAAACUGAAAGGGUAAAGGACGAGGACUUGGGUGUAGGGGAGCAUUUUUUUAUAAUAAGCUGUAAAAAACUCACAGAAUGGACAUUGGACCAUUUUAUGUCGGUCUUCACAACAUUAAAUUAUAGACCAUUUUGUGAAUUGCUUAACUCGUUAACUGACUACGUUCUCAUUAUUUAUUGUUGGUUGAACAUUGUUAUUGUAUUAAAAAGACUUUGAUUUUACGGGUUGCGGAGUUACUGAGAAUUGUGGCUUUGUGGGAUGGCAAACUGGUGCCCAAACUUGAACGAUUCAAAACUUCAAUUAUUGAUUAAAAUGCCUAUUUGUAAAGCCUUUGAGCAUUGUUUGAAUAACAUUUUGGAUUUAACAAAUUAAAGUCCUGUUUUAUUUGAAUAGGCCCCUUACCAUCGU